AUGCCUCUCAAACAAGCUACUCUUCCAUCCGACGAGCUGGCCAAGAGCCUCGUCGAGCAAGCCGCUUCGACCCAGGAGCCUCAGUACCUCGUCGUCUACGCCAGCCUGGUCAGGGGCAAGAGCUGGUGUCCCGACUGUCAGGAUGCGGAACCGUUCGUGAACAAGAAGUUUGCGGGCAAGGAUGCCCAGCUCAUCUAUGCUGGAAGCGUGUCCGAGUGGAGGAACCCAAGCAAUCAGUGGCGACAGGAGCCCUUCAACGUCACGAACCUUCCCACCAUCAUCAAGGUCACUAGCAAUGGAAAAUGGCAUAAACUGGUCGAGUCGGAUGUCUACAACCAGAAGAAGCUGGAUGCUUUCGUGAACUGA